AUGAACUUUGACGUAGAGACUGUCUUGUCUCAACUAACACAAAACGAGAAAAUUGCGCUUCUUUCCGGCAUUGACUUCUGGCACACAUUUCCCAUCCCAAAGCACAACGUGCCAUCCAUACGUUUUACUGAUGGCCCAAAUGGCAUCCGCGGCACAAAGUUCUUUGCCGGAGUGCCUGCUGCUUGCUUACCGUGUGGAACAGCCCUGGCAGCCACUUGGGACAAGCCGCUGUUGAAGAGAGCCGGAAAGCUCUUGGGAGAUGAAUGCAUCGCCAAAGGCGCACACUGCUGGCUGGGCCCUACAAUCAACACACCCAGAUCGCCGCUGGGUGGUCGUGGCUUUGAGUCCUUUUCAGAAGACCCUUAUCUUUCUGGCAUCCUUGCCGCUUCCAUGAUUCUUGGUUGUGAGAGUACAGGAGUCACUUCCUGCGUGAAGCACUUUGUAGGCAACGACCAAGAGCAUGAGAGACGAGCAGUGGACUGCCUCAUUACUCCACGGGCUCUGCGAGAGGUAUAUCUGCGGCCGUUUCAAAUUGUGGCCCGAGAUGCCAAACCGGGAGCCAUGAUGACUUCCUACAACAAGGUAAACGGCGGUCAUGUCGCCGAUAGUGAAGAGAUGCUUCAAGGAAUUAUUCGAUCAGAGUGGAAGUGGGAUCCGCUCAUUGUUAGCGAUUGGUACGGAACCUAUACGACCAUUGACGCCAUAAACGCUGGUCUUGAUCUCGAGAUGCCCGGUGUCUCAAGAUAUCGGGGCAAAUACAUCGAAUCUGCUCUACAGGCACGUCUCCUCAAAAUGUCCACCAUUGACGAGAGGGCUCGAAGGGUGUUGAAAUUCGCCCAAAAAGCCGGGGAGCUCAAGGUGUCUGAGGUGGAGAGAGGGCGCGACUUUGCAGAGGACCGCGCUUUGAAUCGCCAGGUUUGCAGCAGCAGUAUCGUGCUUCUCAAAAACGACAAUUCUCUAUUGCCUCUGCCCAAAACAGCAGGCAAGAUAGCCCUCAUUGGCUCCCACGUACGGUUGCCGGCCAUCUCUGGAGGCGGCAGCGCCUCAUUGCUGCCCUAUUACUCGGUUUCCCUCUAUGAUGCUGUUGCGGAAGCUGUGCCAAACGCCUCCAUCACUCACGAAGUGGGUGCGUACGCACACCAAAUGCUUCCGGUCAUUGAAGCAAUGAUACACAACGCGAUAAUCAAUUUCUACAACGAUCCUAUUACUCUCGUCAAUAGACAGCUUCUCGGCACAGAGAAUGUUUCUUCGACCGCGUUCCAGCUUAUGGAUUACAACGCCAUCCCAACUCUAAACAGAGCCAUGUUCUGGGGAACAUUACUCGGAGACUUCAUUCCAACCGCAACCGGCACAUGGGACUUUGGUCUUAGCGUGUUCGGAACUGCAGAUUUAUAUAUCGACGACGAGCUCCUCAUUGACAACACCACUCACCAGACCCGAGGAACAGCCUUCUUUGGCAAGGGAACCACCGAGAAGAUUGGAUCCAAGGAGCUAAUCGGCGGCAAAACAUAUAAGCUCCGGCUUGAAUUUGGAUCUGCCAACACCACCAAGAUGGAAACCACCGGCAUGGUCAACUUUGGAGGUGGAGCCGUUCAUCUCGGCGCUUGUCUGAGGGGAAGUCCUCAGGAGAUGAUUGCACGCGCCGUUCAGGCAGCAUCAGAGGCAGACUACACCAUCAUCUGCACGGGGCUGAGUGGCGAAUGGGAGUCUGAGGGCUUUGAUCGUCCACACAUGGACUUGCCGCCUGGAGUUGACGAUAUGAUCUCGCAAGUCCUCGACGCUGCGCCAAACGCAGUUGUCGUCAACCAAUCGGGCACUCCAGUCACCAUGUCCUGGGCACACAAAGCAAGAGCCAUCAUUCAGGCGUGGUAUGGAGGCAAUGAGACUGGCCAUGGCAUAUCAGAUGUCAUCUUUGGCUCUGUCAGCCCCUCGGGGAAAUUACCUCUCUCGUGGCCAAUCGACGUGAAGCAUAAUCCGGCAUAUCUCAACUACGCCAGUGUCGGCGGUCGAGUGUUGUAUGGAGAGGAUGUGUUUGUUGGCUACAAGUUCUACGAGAAGACGGGGAGGGAGGUGUUGUUUCCAUUCGGACACGGGCUUUCUUAUGCCACCUUUGAGCUUCCAGACUCUGCUGUCAAGACAGUUCCAGAGGUGCUCCGCCCAGGCCAUUCCAGCAUGGCCAUUGUAAAGAUCAAAAAUACCAGCGCAGUUGCUGCGGCGCAGGUCCUCCAGCUAUACAUCUCAGCUCCUAACUCGCCAACUCACCGACCAACGAAAGAAUUGCACGGGUUUGAGAAAGUAUUUCUGGAAGCAGGCGAAGAGAAGGAAGUGCAGAUCCCCAUAGACCAGUAUGCCACCAGCUUCUGGGACGAGAUUGAGAGUAUGUGGAAGAGCGAGAAGGGGACUUACGACGUCUUGAUCGGGACGUCGAGCCAGGAAAUCUUGGGCAAAGGGAGAUUGAUUGUGCCUGAGACUCGAUUCUGGCUUGGCUUGUAG